AUGGAUUCCGUGUCGAUGGGAAUGGGAGGUAUGGGUCGACGGGUGGGUGCAGUGGUGGCACAACAGGAGUACUUACUUCAGGGCAGCAUUUUAGACGACUCUUGUGAGCAACUUCUGCACAAAUUGCGGGGUUUUUGCGACAAUUGUGACUCAAGUCCGGAGACAUUUCAAGACCACGAGAUGGUGUUCACCAUACGGGCGCCCAACGGGUCCAACACCUCCCUCCGCGUGCGCAAGUCCAUGGAUGUCCUCCAAAAUCCAUACCAUUUGCGAUAUUUGGGUCAACAGGAGUUGGGCGACAAGAAUAGGGCCACAAUUGUCCGCAAUUGCAUCGAUUGCAGCACUUCUUCGGACUGCGUGUCGUUCCUCCAGGAAAUGGGUUUCAAAUUGGACUACGAGUUCGUCCUCAAGGGCUAUAUGUUCCGUAAGGGACGCAUGAAAGUGAUUGUCGCCAAACUGUUUCGGGUUCAGCCCAACGCCUCCCCCGAAGCACUCGAACCCCUCUCCCAAUCAUAUCUGGUUGAGCUCAGUGUCAACGCACCCACCGGUCAGGAGGGCAUCGCUGAUGAGAUGAAACUCUUUGCCGACUCUCUUAAACCACUCGUUAUUCUCGAUAAAGUGGACACAAGAAGACUACAGAUGUGA